AUGAGUAAUAAGCUUUUAGAUUUUAAUGAAGAUCCCUUUGAUGUAGACUCAUUCCAAGAAAAUUUUACCUCAGCUCCUAGCAUGGCUCAAACUGAUACUAACUUAAAUAUAAUAGAUGGAUUAGACAAUAAACUUGAACAGAAUGUGGACAUACAUUCAAUGAAUGUUAGUGGGAAGAAUAAUUAUAAUGAAGAUUUAAGUUAUGUUGCUAAUGAAUCUCUAUAUAACAAGUUAGAUGAAAUUAAAACAAACAUGGAGAUAAGUUUAAAGUCAAAAUUUACUUAUCAAUCAAAACAACUUUAUGUAUUAGAAAAUAGAAUUGAAAAUAUUGAAAGGAAAUUAGAUGAAUUUAUUAACUUAUUUCAGAACAGACUAAAAUAUUCUGUUCAACAACAAGCACAAUCACGUUUAGGAUUUAACAGUAAUCAAGGCAAUCAAUUAUUCAGUAAUAAUGUAAAAAACUCAUCACUAAAAUCUCAAACUUCUACAAUAGGUGUAAAUGAUGAAUUUAUAAAUAAUAGAAAAAAUGAAGAAAUUAUUAAGAUAAACCAAAGGGAAACUGAAAAACGUGCUGAAAUUGAUAGAUUAAGAAAAAUAGAAAUAGAAAGGAAACGAAAAGAAGAAGAAGAAAGAAGAAAAAUUGAGGAGGAAAGAUGUAGACAAAUUGAGGAAUUUGAAAAAAGAUCCAAAUUAGAUCAAAAGAGGAAAGAAAUAAUGAAUUCUUUAUUUACAACCACUAAUAGUAAUAAUGCAACAAAAGAUAAAAAACCAAGUUUAUUUGGAGAUGAUCCUGGAAAUAAACUUAGAAAUUCUUUAUUUGAUGAUUAA